GGGGUCAAUAGAAUCCACAGACUCCCCACUUCUCUUCAUUUCCCAUCUCUCUCUCUCUCCAAAACUCCAAACCCUAAACUCUCUCUAUUUCCUCUGCAACUCUUUCUAAAACCCCUAACCCUAAAAACUCCUAAACCCUCUUUUUAUCCAAAUGGGCUCAGACAUGGUUCUCCACUUCUCCGAGCAAGACCCCACAAAGCAAGUUCCGCCCACACCCGCCACCACUACCGCCGCCGCCGCCACUGUUGCUGCCACGGCCAAAACCACCACACCCAAAACCCAAGUGUCUGCUCUCUCUCUCCCUCGCACCAGAGACCGUCACACCAAGGUGAACGGCCGCGGCCGCCGCGUCCGAAUGCCGGCGCUCUGCGCAGCCCGCAUAUUCCAGCUGACCCGCGAACUGGGUCACCGUUCCGACGGCGAGACCAUCGAGUGGCUGCUCCGACAAGCCGAGCCUUCCAUCAUCGCCGCCACGGGCUCCGGCACAGUCCCCGCCACCACCUCCUCCACUUCGUCCCCGACUCUUUCCUCCUCUGUCCACUCCGUCCCUUGCCGGAUUCAGCCACUCUCGGCCGUGAGCGGCGGGCUUGGAAUGUUCUCUAUGGCUCAGCCGCAACCAUCACAGCAGCCGAGUUGUCGACUCGACUUGUGUCAGCCUAUGGGGUUGGAUUAUGCCGCGGCGGCGAAUAAUGGGUAUCGGCACAUGCCGUUCACGGCGCUGUUGUUGCAGCCGGCGGCGACGGAGGAGGCGGAGGAGAAACAGAGAGAAGAGGUUCUUAGAGACUAAAUAUAUAAUCAAUAGUUUAAUACAACUACUAUAUAUGGAUAUGUUUAUCCUUUGUAGCCCUAUAUUAUUAUGGUUCUGAGUGUUUUAGGUUUAAUUAUUAUUAGUCUGCUUAGUAUUUGAGUAGUGAAAGAUGUAAAUUAGUAGGGAAGUAAAGAUGGGAUAUUGAAUGAAAUAUAUAAUGGAUCUCUUUGUUUUUUU